AAAAGAAUUGACCGGCUGGCAACAUAUGUACCCGGUUCACAUCCUCCGGCGACUCUCCGCUCUUCUCCUUUCUUGUCGAGGCUUUGUCGCGACAGCGUGAGUGAGCCACAGGAGAGCGGAGAGAGAGAGCCCAUUUGAUGAGGUAUUAUUUUCUUGCUGCUCGAGAGUUACCGAGCUCUUGACAUUCUUGAAUAUGGGUUCUGGAUACAGUUGCUUAAGUUUGUAAAUAACUGUUAGUAAGCAGGCUUAGUGGAGACAAGCUCUUUUAGAAGUGUUCGAUUUUGGUUGCGGUUUUCUUUUGUGAAUAGAAAUGGAAGCUUUGAACGCAAAGGUAUUGGGUAAGGUUGUAGUUUCGCGGAACAAAAUCAAGAGGAAAAGAGUACCAUCUGCACUAAAUUUUACUGAUGGUGGCCAUGAACAGCUAAUUAAGCAAUAUGAUGGCGAACACUCUCGGUUCACAUGUUGCAAUUUGAUUAAAGCUGGAUCAGCUUCAACUGAAAUGCUGACUGUUAAAAAGUACCACAACUUCAUGAAAAGUGGCUUGCCCAAUCGGCUGCUGUUUUACCAUGACAGUGAAUGGAUAGAUUUUGAUGCGGGUAUCAUUGGUCUGGUACGUGAUGACUUCCAAGCAAAGAGGGCCAUUAUUGAGGUAACUUAUCAGGACCAACAGUUUUUACUGGACUUCGUGCACAUGCUUCAUAUAGAUGCAAUGACAGGUCGCAGCAAGCCAGUUGCAUGGAUUGAUGAGCAUGGAAAAUGCUUCUUUCCAGAAAAGUACCCUGAAUAUUGCGCCUCCCAUGGAUUCUCCAUGGGAGAAAAUGUUCACGUUGCUUGUGUGGUAGAUGGGACAAGAGAAAUGGAUUCCCAUGUUGAAACAUUUGAUAGUGCCGCGGAAAGCUCAAACUCAGAAUGUGCCAAGGGUAAGCAACAGCAAGCUAAGAGCGGAAAGCUUAUCUUUGACAAUGAGUGCUUGGCUAUGGUGGGUGAAACAGUGGGUGAAAAUGAACCAUGCUCUCUCGCCCCAUACAAUGUAUCUUGUAUUGGAACAAUGGAGGAAAAGAAUGCUAUUGGACCUGACAACUCUCAGCUUGUUUCUAGUCCUGUCCAGAAAUAUUUUCUCUCUGGAAUGUCACCUUAUGUCGAUGCUAAGGACAUAAGUAGCAUCUUAAGAACUCCUAUAAUAGAUGAUUUUGGAGACAUUCGCCUUCAUAGUUUCCAAAAGCAGAUUGAGAAGACAAAAAGUCUUCGAAAUAAUGCUAAUGUACGCUAUGCAUGGCUGCCUGCCACAAAAUCUGCUGUAGAAGACAUUAUGUUGCAUGGAGUUAUGAGGGCUGAAAAGCCAAUGCGAGGUAGCAUAUAUGGGCUGGGUGUUCAUCUUGCACCAGCAAACUGCCCCAGUAUCUGUGCUACCUAUUUAGAUGUGGAUGAAAAUGGGCUAUCUUAUAUGAUGCUAUGUCGAGUCAUCAUGGGCAAUGUGGAACUUGUUUACCCUGGUUCUAAACAGUUUCAGCCUAGCAACGAGAAUUUUGACAGUGGUGUGGAUGAUUUUCGAGCACCAAAACAUUAUGUCAUAUGGGACAUGAAUGUGCUUACUCACAUCUACCCAGAGUGUGUUUUGACUUUUAAGCUGGGUGCUGAAGCCAGAGAGCAUCUGUUUGGUAGAAAAAGUGUAUCUAAUGAGUCUGGAGUCACAAAUGGUUCUUCACCUGCCCCACUUUUGAAGGAAGAAAAUUUUGAUCUGCCUGUAAUUUCUGUGGGGAAAUUCCAAGGUAACGCCCCGGCAUUUGGAAGAGUUCCAAAGCCAACAUCUCCUUGGAUGCCCUUUUCCAUGUUGUUUGCUGCUAUUUCAACCAAAGUUUCUGCCAAGGAUAUGGAUCUUGUUAAUACACAUUAUGAAGAAUUCAAGAAAAGAAAAAUAAAUAGGCUUGACCUUGUUAAGAAGUUGAGGCAGAUCAUUGGAGACAAACUUCUGAUAUCUACUAUAAUGAGGCUUCAGCACAAGCUUCCUUCCAUGGAGACGCAGGAACUGUCUUUGCCAGGCAGCAAGAAGCUUCAAACGAAGCCUGAGUGAGUGAAAGUUGUAGUUGUGUGCAAAUUUUAGGGUGUGGAUUAACCAUAGUUAGAAUUUCUGGGAUCUGUCGAAAUGAAUACAUACAUACAUACACGCCUUUGACGCAAUGUUUGACUCUUGAAUUCUUGUCUGACCUGUCUUUUGUGAUUUACUUUUGAUAAUGCUGCUUAAUGGCAGGCAGUGUUGGUGUGGUUUGCUAUUUGCCUUUUCAUCUCCUGCCUUAAUACAUUCGCAUGUUGUCUAAACUUUUGGAUUAUAAGAUAUUUGUCGCGGUUUGGAGAAAUCCAGCCGAAGUGACAACAUUAGUAUGUCUUGCGUAUGGUAGUGGUAGCAGUGUGAAUUGGCUUCAAAUAAAUGCUGCGGAAUGCAGUAAUUUGCGAUUGCAAGACAAGGCAGGGCCGGGCUGUGUCUCAUCAUUCACAAUCCAUCCGGCGGGCAAAGCAUUGUGGGCCCUUUCUUAAUUUUUUUUUUUUAAAGUUAAGAAUUUGGGUUAUUUUGA